AUGCAGCACAACGUGGCCGCCUCUCCCCGGCCGGGACUGUCCCGCGUGGGCGAGACGGGCGGCGCCCGGGGGUCUCCGUCCGCGGGACCCCCUAUCUACACCCCGGAGCCCUGCCUGGGUACCAAGCCCCCCUACAGCUACAUCGCCCUGAUCGCCUUGGCCAUCCAGAGCAGCCCCGAGCGGCGGCUCACCCUGAGCGGCAUCUACCGCUUCAUCACCGGCCGCUUCGCCUACUACCGAGACAAUAAGCAGGGCUGGCAGAAUUCCAUCCGCCACAACCUCUCGCUGAACGACUGCUUCGUCAAAGUCUCCCGGGACGACCGCAAAGUCUCCCCUGGCAAGGGCAACUUCUGGACCCUCCACCCGGAGUGCCACGACAUGUUCGAGCACGGAUCCUUCCUGCGUCGCCGGCAGCGUUUCACCCGCCAGAGGGGUCCCUCCGGGCCCCCGGGGGAUGGCCAGGGGUCCAAGAAGGGGCCCCGGGGCAGCAGGGGCCAGCGAACGGGCCAGAGGUUGGCGGGAAAGACAGCCAAGAGGGAGGAGGGUCGGCCGAUAGCAGCUCCCUCCGGGAGGGCGUGCCCAAAUUCCAGGCAGGCCGCGGGGGUCUUGCCCUCGAAUCCGUCUCCGUCUGGGCAGGAAGGUCUGGAUCCAGCCCGGCCUGGCCCGGAGCCCCACAGCCCCCGGAGCCAGCCCUGUGCCAAGAUCAACCCCUCGGGAGCCAAGGCACCGUGUCUCCAUCUGCAGGGGGGCCCGGGCCCCAAAGCUGGGCUCUACGGCCACCCGCCGGGAUUCGGUUCGGCGGGAAAUCAUUGCCGGGAAAAAGGGGUCCUUCUGGAUGAUCUUGAGGUUACCCCGCUGGUCCCCCUUGUGGAGAGGCUGCCUUCCCGAUCCAGCCCGGAGAUAAAUGGAAGCCUGCAGAAGGGCCCCUCUCCUUGCCAGGGGACCCCAAAGCCUGGGCAGGAAGGCAAGGGGGUGCCACAGCUGAUACCCAACUUCCCCGUCCUUCCGGGUCCCGGGAAAGCAUCCCAGCCCAGCCACCGGCAGCAUCCAUCGCCCGGCGGCCUCCCCACCAUGGAGGGCAACGAGGGUUACACCAAAGGGUCGGUCCUGCCCAUCUUUGGCUACCCCAGCCCCGAGGCCCGGGGCGGGGGCUACCAGUGUCGUCUGCAGGCCUUGAAUUUCGGCGUCAACGAACCGGGACGGGGCCCCAGCUUGGACCAGCUUCUGGCCGGGCCCCCUGCAGCCAAUUCUUCGGCUCCCAUCCAGCCCCCGUCCUUGGUGCCGCUGCCGGGGGAGCCGGACGCCUGGCCAGGGAACCCCUUUUGCCUCCAGGGGGGCAGCAGUUACCAGCUGGGUCUGCCCCACUGCCUCUACAGGACUUCCGGUAUGUUCCUUUACGAGUGA